UAACAAAACGACACAGUUUCACACUUAAAUGAACUGAACCAAAAUACAAACGACUCCGUUUUGCAUCUUCGUCUUCUGCCUCUUCUUCAGUCUGCAAUCCUUCUAGCAGCAGGAUUCCAAGGUAAGUUGACACCCGGAAGGAGAGUAGACGUGGCCAAGUUCAUUAUCAGCUAAAUAAGAGGAGCCCAAUUGGACACCAAAAGCCCAUUUUCUUGUCGGGGCAGGCACAACCCGAACUUACAGAAACAGAAACCUAAACAUUACAAGAAACAACACAGAGCAGUCGUUCGUUUGCGAAGUUCGGAACCGGAGAAGACGCAGCUGUUCUCAUUCCUUUUUCAUGCAUCGGAGGUUCGAGCUUCGAAUUCUUUAACUAAGGUAAUGCGUCUCUGUGAUUAUCACUGUGAAUCGUCUAUUUCGAGCUCUGGAAGUGGAAAAAGUUUGAAACUUUUCUCCACGAUUGAUUUUGGGUUCAGGAGGAUAGACAAUGUCAUGGUCAAGCCUCUCUAGGGCUAGAAGCUUUCGUCACUGUCUCAUUACUCCUUACCUGAAGUCGCUCAAUCAAACAAAUGCGUUCCAUAUUCAGUCCAGCUCCAUCAAAGUAAGCAGCUAUGGAAAUCGUUCUGGGUUACAGAGAUUUUGGUGCCUCGACGGGCCUGUCCAGAAUCCCAGAUACCAAAUUAGUAGUAAUAGUAGUUGCAGCAUUACGCGGUACUUUGCUACAACUGCAGCGGGUGGACCUUCUUCUGCUACCGAGCAGAAGUCGAGGAAGACGUUAAUGUAUCUCACGGGAUUGGUUGUGGUAAUGGUAGGGUGUACAUACGCUGCUGUUCCUCUUUACAGGACGUUCUGCCAGGCUACUGGUUAUGGAGGAACUGUACAGCGCCGAGAGACUGUUGAAGAGAAAAUUUCACGCCAUGCUAAAGAUGGAACUGUGGCAACAAGAGAGAUUGUGGUGCAGUUUAAUGCUGAUGUAGCUGAUGGAAUGCCCUGGAAGUUCAUCCCCACGCAAAGAGAGGUGAGAGUAAAGCCAGGAGAAAGCACCCUUGCUUUUUAUACAGCCGAGAAUCGAAGUUCAGCUCCAAUAACUGGUGUGUCUACCUAUAAUGUUACUCCCAUGAAGGCUGCAGUAUACUUCAACAAGAUACAAUGCUUUUGCUUCGAGGAACAACGUCUACUUCCCGGAGAACAAGUUGACAUGCCUGUCUUCUUUUACAUAGACCCCGAGUUUGAGACAGACCCUAAGAUGGAGGGGAUCAACAACAUUAUCUUGUCCUACACUUUCUUCAAGAUUCCAGAUCAGUAACUCUUGCAGCAGGACAGGUUAUUACUUACUUCCACAUCUAGAUACACAACAGUUUUUUUGCGGAUCGGUACACUUAGGAACCAACUCAUAAACGAGAACAGGGCAAUUUAAUUUCGCUAAAGAUCAUUUUUGGUAGCAUGGUUUCAAUUGAAUGAUUCCUUUUGUUCAGUCCGAGUAUAAUAAGGACAAUGAAACUCGACAUCUUAAACGAAACUCAGAUACCUUGAAUACAGUCGAAUGAAUGCAUUGUAAAAGUGUUGAUAAUUGUUUAGUUGUGCUAUCAACUGAUUGAUAAUGAUGUAUCUACCAUGUGAACAACCAUGUUGUUUUCCCCUUUUUUCCUUUCUGGGUUUGAGUACCAUCGUUAUUAUCAUGCCCUACCUCAGAAGAAAAGGGGAAUGGAGAUAAAUAAUAAACAUGGUAUCAUAUAGUUCUUUGUUAUUUGAAUGAUCGACAGGGGUUGGUUUUCAUGGAGAUAAGAGAUUGAAAGAGAAAGCAAUAAUGGAAUGAAAUGGGGACAACCCCAAAUGGAAAAGGACACCAACUUGGACCAGUGGAAAGUGCAAUUAUGGGUAUAGAUUGAAGGCAAAUGAAGACAUAUGAUGGUCUUAGAUCUAUUCCCUCCAUCAACCUGCAAAAUAUACCCUUUUUCCUUAUAUCUUCUUUUCUGAUCAAUGAUCAUCAGAGCCAAAAAGGUACAAUAAUGAGUACAAGUGAGAGCUUAGUUAGAGAUGCACAAGAAUAAGAUGGACAAUAUACUAUAUGUUGCAGCAAAGUGUGGGUGUGCGACUGGUCUGGUUUGAUCUACAUUCAGACCAGAUCAGUAUUAAUGUCGGAUCACAGGAAAAAGGGAAGUUUUGCAGGAUUGACUCGGAUCAAACUUGCGGUUUAUUAACUUUCGUUUCAUCUGGCUUCUCUUCAAUCAGUUUGUUUCUUUGUUUUCGAAGUAUUUACCAAACGAAAACAGAUUUCUUCAGCUGAAGACCUCUCGAAUUCUUAUCCUAGUAUGGUCUCAUUUGAUUUAACUGUUCAUAUGGUUCGAUAUUAAUCAAAUCGUUGCUCACUUCCAAACGUCAGUUUUCGAGUUCCAGGCAGGAUCGAGUCUGGGGAGGACCCAUAUGCCAUAUGAUAGGCAGAGGCGGCCAACUAACUAGUAGACACAUAUAUUAGGUGGUGAGGCAGGCCAGUCAUGUUUGCCAAGAUUAGUAACUGUGAGGUUUGUUUGUGGAGAGUGGCAGACCAUUUUCUAUUUGAUUUGGUUUGGUUUGGUUUGGUUUGGUUUGGUUGUAUUCUUUCUCUCCAUACUUUUGUGACCCAAUGCCAAGCCAUUGACAGCCUAUCAGCUAUUGGAAGAUACCUCAUCUUAUUGGAAAUUGAAUCUAUAAAAAAUGGGGUAACCAUAAAUAACUCAGUACGACACUGAUUUAGAUGGGGGAAAAAAGAUAAAGAAACCGCUGCAUUUUGGGAAAGCAUUGAUGUAUUUUGUAUAUUUAUGAAAAACACAUGCAUUUCAUUGGAGUUUGGACAUAUUGCUGAUUUCCCAACUAUUUUUAAAUCCUACAUUUUGCUUCUUCUAUCUCCGAAACUAACUCUUUCUUCUUCCUUCCUAUGUCCUUCUCCCUUCAAUUUGGAGAAAAUUCGUCGUUUGCCACAAUUUCUCAUGUUGCGACUGAUUUCUUGAAACAAGAAAUUUUGGCAAAAUUCUUCGUUUUAGAAUUCAUUCCAAUGAUUCUAAAAAAAAGGGUCCAUGAAUGACAAUCUCAUUGAAUUUGAAGAAUUAAUAUUAGCAUGUGUGGUUCUGAUUGAGUAGUGUUGGCUACAAUAAUAAUCGAGGGUUCGAAGAAAUUCAAGUUGGUCAAUAUAUAAGCAGAGGUUGAACUAAUUAUUUGUAUAUGUAAGAGUAUAUAUAGAAUCCAAAAAAUUAAGAUCCAUACAUAUGUAUAAUUUAUCAUACAAUAGACUCAAACACAAGUUACUCACCUCCAAACCAAAGGACAUGUGUUCCGAAUUUUAGUAACAUUUGUUUGCCGCAAAUUGCAAUUCAUCAAGAUCCAAACAAAUUUAUAUGCAUUUUGUUUUCAGGUUUUUGGCUUUGGUUUAUUUGCUUCAAAUUUCAACUAAUUAUAUAAUCUUUUUAGUGAUCGCUGAGAUUUUUGUUUAAAAGUAUAGCCCACCUGAUCGACCACAAUUAUAAACAAACCGUAGUGUUUUAAUUCUUUUGGGUGGAUUUGAAUUUAAUAUUUUCAGAACAAAGUAUAUGAAUUGUAGGGGUGAUAAUCAGAUCGGUUAGCAGUUAACCAAUAAAUUCAGUUAAUGGUUACUGACCAACCAAAAAAUCAUUACCGUUAGCCAACCCACAAAGACUUAGCGGUUAACCGUUAACAUCAAUGCAUUUAGUGAUUAACCACCUACCCGCUUGAAAGAUAGCAUGAUGGUAGGUUUGUGGAUUUGGGAAAAGGCAAGAGGCAUAAUUAUCUUUUUAGAGAAUGUAUAAAAGUAAAGUGAUGGUAUGAGAAACCCUAGACGCACACUCCCUCGUUUUCUCGCCUCUCUUUUUCCCACUAUAGAUAAAAAAACAAAUACACUCCCUUUGUGAACCAACGAAAACUAUAAAACACAAACCUUUUUCUCCUUCACUCUCGAAUAGUCGAACCCUAGCCGCCCCCUCUUCUAAUAUCUUUUCCGUCAAACUAAAACAAAGAGGAGGAUUGAAGGCGGCCGCAACAUCAAGGUAACCCAUCGUCGUUUCUCUCUCUUGGUCAUCCUCUUGUCGACCUGAGGGAAAAGUCACUAAAGAGAGUCCUUAGCACGACGAUAAGUGAUUCGUGGUUCGCGACACAUCCUCUUUGACCGUCCUCAGUUUUUCGCUCGAGUCAAGAAGACAAGGAGAUUGGAGUUGGUGAGUGUAGAGGCCAAAGUGAUAAAUGGGAAGUUGUUUCCUUUGUAGAAUGUCACAUUUUACCUAUUUUGAGUGGUUAACCACCCUUGCCGGUUAACCGCUAACCGUCGGUUAUUAACCGUUUAUGACUUGAUAACUCAAUAAAGAAUUUUGAGCUUCCGUUAAACGCCCUGCAUUCUCCUUAGCGAUUAACGGUAGGGGGUGGAAAUUGGGGUGAGUGUGGUUACUCGCCACACAUUUUGAGGGUAACCACACCCACAAUAUAUAGAAUUUUGCUACCCACAACCCCCGCAGUGGGUAGUGGUUAACAACCACUACCCGCUGCGGGUUGGUUGUGGAUACCCACAAAAAUUUCACAUUAAAUAUAAUAAUAUGGUAAUUAAAUAGUUAUGUUGUGUUUCUUCUCAAAAACAAAAAUAUACAUAAAAGAAAGUUAAUAAAGGGUUAAAUAAAUUAUAAAUCUCGAAUACAAUAGGUUAGUUAGUGUAAAUUUAGAAGAGAUGGAUUUGGAAAGAGAUUUGAAGAUAACGGAGAGGCGAAGUGACUUGUUACAAGACAAACAUCGUUGCAAGUCACGGCUCCUCCGGUGGCAACAAAGGAAAACACCAAAGUGGAUCGGUAAGUGAAGGCGCCCGCUUUUAAUGAAUCGAUUAAUUUAUC